AUGUCAGGUAGACUCUCGUGGUUGUUCUUCGAGAAGAAAGAGGUGUGGGAGAGUAAGGCAAAGGCUACAACCAACACCAGAGACAUGGCGGACGAUGAGAUGAGUGCCUCCCAGCUUCGACAGCGCUACGGUCGAGGGGGCUCGGCACCUGACAACUCUCUAUCUGCUUCUCAGCUCAGAGGAAGGUACGGAGUCGAGAACAAGGACUUCUCCAAGGGCGAUGGCGGCGGUGCCAUGAUGAUUGUCAUGGUGGUUGCGGCAAUUGCCGUCAUCGUUGGUGCGCUGGUUUUCUUCAUGCAGAAGUCGUGA